AUGGCUGACUUCUUGUUACCACCGGGUACUAACAGCUUCCACCGGUUCACGCCUGAAUCCUUGGCUGCCAUUGAGAAACGAAUCGCGGAGAAGCUCGCGCGGAACGCGAAGCAGGAAUACCGAGAGCAGCUGGGCGAGGAAGAGAAGCCUCAGCCCCAGUUUGAUUUGCAGGCUUGCAAGAAGCUGCCCGACAUCUAUGGGACUGUUUCUCCAGAGCUCAUUGGGGAGCCAUUGGAGGACCUGGACCCUUUCUACAGCGAUCGUAAGACAUUUAUAGUACUGAACAAAGGGAAGACAAUCUUUCGAUUUAGUGCCACUCCUGCCUUGUAUAUACUUAGUCCUUUCCAUCCAGUCAGAAGAGCAGCAAUUAAAAUUUUGGUACAUUCAUUGUUCAGUAUGUUUAUUAUGUGCACUAUUUUAACUAAUUGUGUGUUCAUGGCACAGUCAGAGACUCCACCAUGGAAUAAAUAUGUUGAGUACACUUUCACUGGCAUUUACACUUUUGAGUCAUUGAUAAAAAUCUUGGCGAGAGGAUUUUGCAUGACAGAGUUCACCUUCCUUCGAGACCCCUGGAACUGGCUGGAUUUCAGUGUUAUUGUCAUGGCAUACAUAACUGAAUUUGUGGACCUGGGCAAUGUCUCAGCCUUACGAACGUUCAGAGUACUGCGGGCGCUGAAAACAAUCUCAGUCAUUUCAGGACUGAAGACCAUUGUAGGGGCUCUUAUCCAGUCUGUUAAGAAACUUGCAGAUGUGAUGAUCCUGACCGUUUUCUGCUUGAGUGUCUUUGCCCUCAUAGGCCUCCAGCUCUUCAUGGGCAACUUGAGACACAAGUGUGUCAGGGACUACACCAAGUUUAACUUCACCAAUGGCACGUUGUACUUGGAUGGUAGGAUGUGGAACAACUCAGAGGAAUUUCUUAGUGAUCCAGUGAACUAUUUCAUAAAAAAUGGUACAGAUGAUGUGUUACUGUGUGGCAAUAGCUCUGAUGCUGGCACAUGUCCUGAGGGAUAUAUAUGUCUGAAGGCUGGGGAAAAUCCUGACCAUGGUUACACAAGCUUUGAUACUUUUGGUUGGGCCUUUCUCUCUUUGUUCCGUCUUAUGACUCAAGAUUGUUGGGAACGUCUUUAUCAACAGACUCUCAGAUCUGCUGGGAAGAUCUACAUGCUUUUUUUUAUGCUGGUCAUCUUUCUGGGCUCAUUUUAUCUGGUCAAUCUGAUUUUGGCUGUUGUGGCCAUGGCGUAUGAAGAGCAGAACCAAGCCACUAUUGCUGAAACAGAGGAGAAGGAACGAAAGUUUCGGGAAGCCAUGGAAAUGUUAAAGAAAGAGCAGGAGGCACUAGCUGCUAAAGGAAUUGACUCAAUGUCACUUAGUUCAUUGGAAAUGUCACCUUUAGCAUCCAAAAAUGCCAAGGAAAGAAGAAAUAAGCAAAAGAAAAAGAAAUCUUUGGGGACAGAAGAAUAUGGGGAAGACCAAAGGAAUCCUAAGUGUGACUAUGACGAUGGUCAGAGGAGAAUGACUCUCCUUGGCAUUAGUUAUGGUCCCAGUGCAAACUUGGUGAAGCGCAGAACCAGCCACGGAAGCGUUUUCAGCUUCCGACUCCGUGGCCGAGACACUGGCUCCGAAACAGAUUUUGCCGAUGAUGAGAUCAGCAUUGCUGUGGAACAUGAAAGCCACCGGGGCUCUCUCUUAAUUCCAAGAUCUGGGAGGCGUCCAAGCGUGCAAAGUCAAGUGAGCCAUAGUUCUCACCCUACUACUCCCAACUACACCCAGACGGGCAAAAGGAACAGCUCAGUGGAUUGCAAUGGUGUGGUUUCCCUGAUAGGAGGAGGCAUCGGGGCACUCAACCCAGACCCUACUUCUCCUGCAGGGUUACUGCUCCCCCCAGUUAUUAUGGAAAAGCCUGGGACAGGCGACCUGACCUCUCCCUCGGAUGAAGCGAGCAAGAAGCAGCUUCUCAUGCCCCACCGCCCGUCGCUGGAGCACUCGGACGAACCCUUCCAGAGGCAGAGGGCAGUGAGUGCUGUCAGCAUCAUCACCAGUGCCCUGGAAGAGCUUGAGGAAUCACAUCAGAAAUGUCCUCCCUGUUGGAACCACUUUGCUGUUAAAUUUCUCAUUUGGGAUUGCUGCCCACUUUGGCUUUUAAUCAAGAAAUUUGUCAAGUUUGUGGUAAUGGACCCAUUUACCGACCUCACCAUCACCCUCUGCAUUGUGCUGAACACGCUCUUCAUGGCCUUGGAGCAUUAUAAGAUGACGAAGGAGUUUGACCACAUGCUUUACAUUGGCAAUUUGGUCUUCACUGGGAUUUUUACAGCAGAAAUGAUCUUCAAAGUAAUUGCCCUUGACCCCUACUACUAUUUUCAGCAGGGCUGGAAUAUUUUUGACAGCAUAAUUGUUAUUCUAAGCCUGAUGGAACUGGGUUUGUCAAGCAUGGGAAACCUGUCUGUUUUACGCUCCUUCAGACUGCUGCGAGUCUUCAAAUUGGCAAAGUCCUGGCCAACCCUAAACACGCUCAUUAAAAUCAUUGGUAAUUCAGUGGGUGCCCUUGGGAACCUCACUCUCGUGCUGGCUAUCAUCGUCUUCAUUUUUGCCGUGGUCGGAAUGCAGCUUUUUGGGAAAAGCUACUUGGACAAUGUGAAGAAGAUAAGCACGACUGGCAAUUUGCCACGAUGGCACAUGAAUGAUUUCUUCCACUCGUUCCUCAUCAUCUUCCGAAUUUUGUGUGGGGAGUGGAUAGAGACCAUGUGGGACUGCAUGGAAGUAGCUGGGCAGCCGCUGUGCCUUCUCGUCUUCUUGCUGGUCAUGGUGAUAGGAAACCUGGUGGUGCUCAACCUGUUCCUGGCCUUGCUGCUAAGCUCUUUCAGCGCUGACAACCUCUCAGCACCAGACGAGGACGGGGAGUUGAACAACCUGCAGCUUGCUUUUGCUCGGAUCAACAGGGGGCUUCAGUAUGUGAAAAGCACAAUGUGGAAUUUUUGCUGCCAUGUCCUCCGGCACCCCAAGACGACGGCUGAAAAGAAGGCGAUGAUGAAGCUUGCUGCCCAGAAUACAGGUGCCCUUAACAAUUUUGUGAACAGUCACACAACCGCGGAGCUUGGCAAGGACAUGGAGAAUCACAAAGAGAACCACACCGAGGAUGGACUGAAUAAAAAUGGGGAGAAACACCUAGCAAUUACAGAUGAUGAUUUUAUGACCAAUCCUGACCUGUCCAUUUGUGUUCCUAUUGCUGUGGGAGAGUCGGAUAUCGAGGAGGAAGAUGAGGAGCAGAGCACCUUUACAGAAAUGGAUGGAAUGAUGGAGCAGCUUGAUGAAAUCAGUCUUUCUGAAGGCAGCACAGUGGAUUUGACAAAUCCUGCAGAACUGCUGGAGCAGAUCCCUGAGUUUGCUGAGGAGCUGAUGGAGCCUGAAGAUUGCUUCCCCGAAGUCUGUGUGCGAUUCUUUCCGUGCUGUUCAGUGGACAUCACAAAAUUUCCAGGCAAAAUUUGGUGGAGGCUGAGGAAAACCUGCUACAGAAUCGUCGAACACAACUGGUUUGAAACUUUCAUCAUAUUCAUGAUCCUGCUGAGCAGUGGAGCCCUGGCUUUUGAAGAUAUUUACCUUGAAGAUAGAAAAAACAUAAAAACCAUGCUGGAAUAUGCUGACAAAGUAUUCACUUACAUCUUCGUCUUGGAAAUGCUCCUGAAAUGGGUGGCUUAUGGCUUCAAGAAGUAUUUCACCAAUGCCUGGUGCUGGCUGGACUUCCUUAUUGUGGAUGUCUCUUUAAUAAGCCUGGUCGCCUAUACGCUUGGAUACUCUGAGAUGGGUCCCAUCAAAUCCCUCAGGACCCUCCGAGCACUGCGACCACUAAGAGCACUGUCACGAUUUGAAGGAAUGAGGGUGGUUGUCAAUGCCCUCGUGGGAGCCAUCCCUUCCAUCAUGAAUGUUCUGCUCGUCUGCCUCAUCUUCUGGCUUAUCUUCAGCAUCAUGGGAGUGAACCUGUUUGCUGGGAAGUUUGGGAAGUGCAUUAAUAAGACAGAAGGAGAUAUGCCUUUAGACUCUAAAAUUAUUAACAACAUGAGUGACUGUAUACUCUAUAACGUGUCAGGCACAUUUUACUGGACAAAAGUUAAAGUUAACUUCGAUAAUGUUGGUGCUGGGUACCUGGCUCUGCUACAAGUG